GUUGAGAGUGAGAGAGGGAGGGAGAGAUAAAGAGAGGCAGAGAGCCUGUGGGUCCUUGCCUUGUUUCAUGAGUGAGAGGCAGAGAGAGCAGGGCAGGUCUGCGGCGGCGGUUUACGUUCUAGACACAGAGGGAGCGAGAGAGUGUGUUGAGGUCUGAAGAUAUUUUCGGAUGCGGGGCACAAGCGCUUGAUAUCCAUCACGCAAGGACCAACACAGAUCACAUGCAGUCUCAGCAACGUGCGGAAGUGGUUGGUGAUCCAAAUGGCUCCCGGCUGAUCUUCUCCGCAGAGCCUAGAGUUUCAUCAGGGCACCAGAUACUAACUUCCCCAGAGAUGACCCAUGAGGUGGUCAUCUCCCCUGGACUCCCUACUCCUCCUCUGAGUCCUUUUCGCUCUGCAAGACUGCCAUCUGGAGAGGUCAAGGUUUCAGAAGUCAAUGGAAGUGGCCCAACAACGCUCAGCUUUGGAUCGUAUUACGGACCCUCACAAUCACAGGGUGGACUGUCCAACGGUGUCCAUGGCUCUGUCACUUUACCACGCAGCUGGACUCCCCCCGGGGAGGAAAGGCUCAUCAAGUUCUCUGGAAUCGGUCCAGUGGAUGAAACUGGGAUGCCAAUUGCCCCUAGAUCUAGUGUGAACAAGCCCAGAGACUGGUACAAGAGCAUGUUCAGACAGAUUCACAAGAAGCCAGAGGAACCUGACCUGGAGGAUUCAGAGCGGUGGUCAGCCGAACGGCUCCAGUUAUGUGUCGGCAAGGAGGAAAGCAGUGACACGGACAAGGAUCUGUUCAGACUGACACCGUAUGGAGCCCUACCUGACUGGAGCGAGGAUGUAGAUAAGCUGUCAGACCUGGGAAAGCAGCAGCCUCAGCCGAAGAGCAUAUUCGAUUUUGAACCGGGAAGGUGCGGCACGUCCGAAAGCCACAGCCAGAGGUAUUUAUCCCCAAAGAUACAGCCUGAGAAGCCAAAGUCCCCUUCAAUUGAGGCCAGUCUGGUCUCUGAGCUGAGUCGAUUUGAGGCCGAGCUGGACUCUGAGAUCCAGGGCCUGGAGCGGAGACUUUCCCAGAAGAAGCAGCAUCGAGGCCGGGGUGAGGAGGCCAGGGGCAGGGGCCCAGCAACUGCUCCAAAGACUGGAACUGCAAACCUCAGCAAUUCAUCAGCAUCAACGCCUGUCCACCGCUCUGCUGGCACAUCAGUGGCUUCUGCUCCCACAUAUGUAGAACGCCUGUCCCCUGCAAAUGAAAACAUGGAGGUCCUGCUUAAGAAAGAGGAGAAAAAGAUGAAAGCAGCACGAGCCAAGUUCAAUUUCCAGGCUCAGUCCCCCAAGGAGCUCACACUGCAGAAAGGCGACAUUGUUUAUAUCCACAGGAAGGUAGAUGCCAACUGGUAUGAAGGGGAACAUCAUGGAAGAGCCGGCAUUUUCCCCACAUCUUAUGUGGAGAUUCUUCCUCCCACAGAGAAGCCGACGCCUAUAAAGUCUCCGACUCUGCAGGUGUUGGACUACGGAGAAGCUUUGGCUCUGUACAACUUCAACGCCGACCUACCAGUUGAACUGUCUUUUCGUAAAGGUGAGGUAAUCAAUAUAACCAGGCGAGUUGAUGAAAAGUGGUUGGAGGGGAGGAUCUCAGGGACCAGCCGGAGCGGCAUCUUCCCAGCCACUUAUGUCCAGGUCAACAAGAUGCCUCGCACCAAAUACGCCGCAGAAGAAUACUCACCAGGCCCCAUGUCUCCCGGCUCCCCUGGGCCCCAGAGUCCAGGACGUCCACUUCACUCACCCUGUCCACGUUCCCCCUUUUCCCCCACUUCCCUCAGCCCCAGACCUGAACACUCCCCCCUCAAGGCGUCCUCACCUGUACCUUAUGGCAGCCCAGCUUCACAGUCACGCUCCCCCACCCAGACAGCCGCACCCAAAGAAAUGGCGUACAAGUGGCCGAACAGCACCUACAAAACUGCCUCACCCACCAACCAGAACAGUCACGGGGCUGGGACACACUCAUCAAACCAGAACUCCACAGCUAGAGCAGUUUCACCUUCCACUCAGUCGUCAGCGUCUGCACACAGAUCAGGAGCCGCCGCAGCGAACACUGCCAGAUACAUUGACCCCUCGCAGGGCGCAAUACCGAACCAGGCUGCUCCGUCCAAUCCACGUAUCAACUCCCUGCCUCAAUCAGACGUCCCAAAAAAACCCAGUACAACAAUGGUGCAACGCCAACCAUACAAAGCUGUUUACAACUACAAACCACAGAACUCAGAUGAGUUGGAGCUCAGAGAAGGAGACCUUGUUCAAGUGAUGGAGAAAUGUGAUGAUGGCUGGUUUGUAGAUUUUCUUUCAGAUCUCUGAAAUACACCCUGGGCAAGUUUGCAGAAACAACAUGAACAUCUGCAGAUGUGUGCUUUGAGUAAAAUAGUAAGGGCUCAGACAUGUCAAGAUAAGUUUACAGCCCUCUACAAGGCUUCAUAUAAGAGCAAAUAUAAUUAAUACACAUACUUCUUUCUUAAGAAGUUUUUUCAUAAUAGAAUAUUUGGCUUUUUUGUAUGAUGUUUGUCCCCCAAGAGAUGGGGGGGAGUGUAAUGCCAAAGGUGAAGGUAAAGUGGCAGAUGAUGUUCUGAGCCCUUGUAGAGGUUGACAAAAAACGACUUCACACCUCACCUGUACACCAUCGUCUGUGUUGAAUAUUUGUAAGUUCAAUCUAUGCCUCCAGAAAAUGCUUAAAUGGUAUUAUUGAAGUAAUGCUGCACAUGCCAAAUCUAAAAAAAAAAUCUUUUAAAAUUCUGCACUGAACAAUUCCAGCCCCCUUCAUAUCUGCUAUGUUUCCUACCACUGCUUUUAUAAUGUUCUCCCUGCUGUUCAGGGAGUCAACAUUGUCACUCUGAAAACAAUAUUCAGAAAAUCACUUAUUUUUUAUGCCAAUUGAUGGGUGUUAUCUCUCAAGCCAAUUUGCUAUUUUAUAUGAUAUAUUCAUGAUUUCCGUGUAAAGAGUGAUCUGAUAUUUAGAAGACACAGGAGAUGAUUGUACAGACUGUAACCUUUUGUCCAAUUAAAAGUAUAAUAUAUAUUUGCUUUUGAAAAAUGUAUCUCAUAUGUUUGGUACGCACUUUAAAAAAGAAGGCAAUUAGACAUUACAGAGUGAUACUGAAA